GUUUGUGUGCACAUGAACGUAUCCUGGGAAGCCCACGCAGGCUGAGGAUCAAACUGGCGUGACAGGGUUUGGUUCUGUUCAUCUGUUGUUGAUAAAACAGUUUUUGAAAGAAAUAUGGGAUUGAUCUGAACUAACAUCACAGAAGCCGACGUGGACGUUGAACGUGUUUAAAGUCAUCAGGUUGAGGAUUAGAGAUCGCCACAGCUGUGAGAGUUCAGCGUGUGCACCAUGUUCUCCUCUGCUACCCCGUACAAAAACCAGCACUACAGCGAACUCAGGAGGGACUGUAUCAGGAGCAAGACUCUGUUCGAGGACCCAGAGUUCCCAGCUAACAAUUCAUCGCUGUAUUAUAGGAAACCACUUCCUGGAUAUGUGCAGUGGAAACGACCCGCGGAGAUAAGCCCAGAGCCACGUCUGUUUGUGGAGGGGAUCAGCGCCCACGAUCUGAACCAGGGACUGGUGGGUAAUUGCUGGUUCGUCGCUGCCUGCUCCUGUCUGGCUCUAAAGCCAGAUCUCUGGAAGAAGGUAAUCCCUGACCACAAGGAUCAGGAGUGGGAUCCCAAACACCCGGAGAGCUAUGCAGGAAUCUUCCACUUUCAGUUUUGGGUGUUUGGAGAGUGGGUGGACGUGGUGGUGGACGACCGGCUGCCCACAAUCAACGAUGAGCUCAUCUACUGUCACUCCAAAGACAAUAAUGAGUUCUGGAGCGCCCUGCUGGAGAAGGCCUACGCCAAACUGGCUGGCUGCUAUGAGGCCCUGGAUGGAGGAAACACGGGAGACGCUGUGGUGGAUUUCAGUGGAGCUGUGACUGAGGCCAUCGACUUGGAAAAAGAGCCUUAUUAUAAAGACCAGAAAAAACAGGACCAGCUGUUUGAGGAUCUUCUAAAAGUCUAUGACCGUGGCGGAAUCAUAAGCUGCUCCAUUAAGGCACAGCCUCAUGAAAUCGAGGCCAAGAUGGCUAAUGGGUUGGUGAAAGGUCACGCAUACUCAGUGACAGCAGUGAGGAAAGUGCGUUUGGGUCAUGGGCUGCUGGCAUACUUCAGGAAUGAAACCAUUCCUCUGAUUCGCAUGAGGAAUCCCUGGGGCAAGACCGAGUGGAAAGGAGCCUGGAGUGACACCUCAGACGAAUGGUCAAAAAUUGGUGAUAUGGAGAGAGGAAACCUGGGUAUUGUUGUGGAAGAUGAUGGAGAGUUCUGGAUGUCAUUCGCAGACUGGUGCAAGUUUUUCACAAAUGCAGAUGUGUGCCGUGUCAUCAACACUGCGCUGAUCAGCAUCCAUAAAAUAUGGCACGAGGUCGUUCACUUUGGGAGCUGGACCAAAAACGCAGAUCCACUUUUGAACCGCUGCGGUGGUUGUAGUAACCACAAACAAACAUUCCUGCAGAACCCACAGUACUUGUUUGAUGUCACAAAAGACGUGGAUGAAGUCCUCAUCUCCCUGCAACAGAGGGACAUCAGGAUCCACAAAAAAGCUGGGAAAGGAGAGAAUUUAAGCAUCGGCUUUGGUGUCUUUAAGGUGGAGCUGAACAGAAAGUACCGGCUGCAUGACAUCCUGACGCAGAAGUGUGUCGAGACCUCAACCUACAUCAACGCUCGCACCGUGUUCAUGAGGAGCAUGCUCCCAAAGGGACGCUACGUCAUCAUCCCCACCACCUUCAGACCUCAGACUCUGGGUGACUACAUGAUCCGGGUGUUCACUGAUGUGGACUCAGGAUGCAGGGAGCUAACAGAGGAUAAACCCAAGGUGAAAUGUUGGAGUUCAUUCCUCGGUUAUCCACAAGUUGUGUCUCACGUCUACGUCCAUGCAGCCGAAGGGCUGCAGAACCAGGAAAGCCCAGGAGGUGCAGACCCCUAUGUGAUCAUAUACUGUGAGGGCAAAUCAGUGCAAUCCACCGUCAAGGCAGACACCCUGCAACCAGAGUUUGCAACCAGUGCCGUUUUCUAUAGAAAGAAGCCCAGAAAGCCCAUAACUGUGGAGGUGUGGAACAGUAACGCUGUGAAGGACGAGUUUAUGGGUCAGGUGGUGCUGUCAGGGUCGACAAAGGACUCCUCGGACCCUCAGAGACUUAAGCUCAGGAAACGAGGACGGCAAAGGGCUGACGAGAUGCCUGGGAACAUCACUCUGAGGAUCGUCACGGCAACACAGCUGACCGCCAUAUGACCUCACCAGUGACAUCAGAGUGGGAGGAGUCAGCUGGAUGUCUUAUUACAGAGAGAAAUUUACAGUUAUUGCACAGUGAUGAUAUUUCUUGUAUAAUUCACUGAGAGGAAGCAGGGCACAAUAGGACAGACUGAAUUUCAGUUUGUUAUUUUUGUAUCUAAAUGUUUAAAAUUUUGAAUAUUUUUUACCAUCUUUUUGGUCAUUUGUAAUAACUUAUAUUUUGUUAUGACAUUUUACAAGUAACUUGUAAAAGCAUUAGUCCUCUUUACAUAUGUUACACUUGAUACUGUGAGAAAAAUGGCAGAGAUUAGCCAUCCAUGUCUUAAAUACAUCAUGAUUUUUAUUUUUUAUCUUUAGAAAUCUAAGGAAGCCCUAAAUGGACCUGCAAAUAGACAUUUUAAUAACUCAAUUUAGCAUAUUUUAAUAUCAUCAAAACUACAUUUUACCAGGGUAUACGGUAUAAUUCCUCAUCAUUAAGAGGAAAUGUGAAGAUAAUAACACAACUGUUAUUGUACAGUAUCUAAGAAUGUGAAGCAAUGCUCUCUGGGGUUCUUAACAGAUAAAGAUCGGCCUUAAUAAUUUUAAUUUCCGUGUUGUCCGACAUUGGCGAGUUCCAUCCUACCAGAAGUUCCCUUUACUGAAAGCUUAUAAAAAGUCACAGACUACUUUAGGACCUAAGAUAACCAACAAGCACCUAUUAGCUUCAUCUGCAUUUCACAUAAGAAGGGUUUAAGAUAGGUUUAAAUGUUUUUUACAACUAUUGAUGGUUUAAUUGUGCUUGACUUUGCUGCUGCAGCACACAGCACUAAGCCUAAACUUCAUCUCUUACCACUAAUCCACAGAGAACGGAAUUAACGUGUUUUUAAACUCACAUUGCCAUGGAUCACAUGGACCACAGCCAGUGGUGUAUGUUCAACAGUUUGACUUCAGAAAGGACCAUAGGGAGGUGCCAGUGCUGUGCCAGGCCAAGGCUUGCAAGUAUAUGUGCCAGUAUGGCUAUACAUGAGCACAGGGGCAUAGCUAGGGUUUUAGAGAUGCCAGAAAAAAAUAUAUAACACAGAGCCCCUCUUAACCGGCUAGCCAAGCAACAAAUGUUAUGCCAUUUUUACAAAUAUCCAUGCAUUGUAAUGUAUUUUUGAACCAUAAUUUACCAUUUAUGAGCAAUAUUUUUAAUAUGGUUAAAUUAAAUCUACUUGCAUUAUCUCACAGUGCUGGACUAUACCAUGGACGUUUUUAAAGGAAGAGCAGGGGGCCCCCCGGUAUUUUAUUUUAUUCUAUUUGAUACAAAUUUUAGUCUGUUUACUAAUUAAUUUAGUCGCUUUUGAUUCAAUGAUGACACUUAUUACUAGGAAAAAAUAAAUAAAAACACACUUUUCAUUACAGGUUUCUCAAUGUGUUGGAUUAAUAACUACAGACCAGAUAAGCUUACUUUGGUGCCACUUUUUAACUGCUUUUCUUCCUUGUUAGGCCACAACUCUACAUUAAAAGAAAAGGGGAAGUCUAACGUCAUCAUUCACCACUGAGUGAUGGUUUGACUGGAAAUACUCCUGAGUACUGACAAGUGACUGGCGGAGCAGGGUAGAAUGACUUACAAGCUUUUACUCUGUCUCACAACAAUCACUGCAGGCUUAGAGAUCAACUGCCACACUAAAGGUAGCAGACGCACAAAAAUGACACAGCUGCAUAUUGUAGACUUUGCUGAAUGAUAUGGAUUGUCAGGCAGGAGGACAGUUUAAUCCUUUUCCCUUUUGGGAGAUUCCAAAAAACUGACUACCACCUGUGUGCCAGUGUGAUUUAUAUUCCAGGUUUUACAGUAUUUAUCCCUUUAUUUUGAGAUAUUAAUGCUUAUUUUCUAGGCCGUGCAUGUCAUGCUAGCAAUGCACACUGUGGUAAGUUGGGACCAUUUUAAUGUUUGUGCGUUUGCAAAUCUGGGAAUAAAAGACAUUGUAAAUUUAGAUCUGCAGAAAAACAGAAAUUACUCAUUCUCAGAGGAAAAUAGGGUAAAUAAAAAAUAUGGAUGCACAUCUGUUUAAGGCUUCUGUAGAAAAACAUGCCACAUGUAAAACUCAUCAUUCUUUCAUCAUGUAUUUCUUCAUCAGCUCAUGAAUAAACAAAAAGAGUCAGGAAAGCCUACAAGUAUAACCACAGAUAUUGGUUUUCUUCCUCUUUUUAUUUCAGUCCAGUUCCCAAACUGCAAUAUUUUGUGUUUUUUUUUUUUUUACACUCAAGACACAGCCAUGCACAAUUCAAAGUUCAAAAAGUCUAUUGCUUCAACCACAAUUAAAAAUAGUCUAUCCAAAACCUCA